AUGCUUAUCCCAUUCGUGGGAAUGUUUGCGGCCACGGCUCUCUGGAGCCAGUGGUUCGCUAUUCCUGGGCUCACUGAGCCAGAAAACUCACUCACAAAGAGGCUCUGCGGCUCCUUUCAGCUUACCAUGGAGCUGAUGGCCUUGGACGCACUGGUCAAUGGUGUAACCUCCGAAUACGACUUCCCUGCUGAUAUGACCAUGCAUCCAACAAAGGUCUGGAAUUUCGACUGCGGCACAAAAACCGGCUUUCACCCCCUCAAGCAGAAAGAUUCCCACCGCCACCUCUCUCUUAAUCCUAUUUCUGCCCUGAUCCUCAUUUCGGUACUGCUGCUGCGGUUCGGGUUGUAUGCUCAACUCCGUGAUGCCAUUUAUUACCCAUGGAGCGAGCGUUUUUUUGAUGCGCCAGAGGGUAUUGAUAUCCCCCCUGACCUUGUCAAUUCUCUACUGUCAGAGGGUUAUGCGCUUUACCAAGAUGUGGUACCCUUCUUCCAUGAUAUGCGGGAGGUGGGAAACCCAGCGUCACAAAGAUACCUCGGACUAAAGGGACACCCCGUACCAAAGGGACACCCCGUACCAAAGGGACAGCCCGUGCCAGAGGGCCAUCCCGUGCCAGGUGUACACCUAUUGCCGAAGAAACUGCCCGUUGUCACCUCGACUCAUGUGUCCAGCACUACUGGGGUGUCGACUGGCUCUUCGAAAUCUACUACUUCAGUACCGAAGAAGCAGAAAAGGAAACAUGAUAGUAAGAAGAAGAGAGAGCGGGACCGCAGAUGGAAAGAGAAGGAGGCUGUAAGAAUUGCAGGACUUGCCCUGGCCGAAUAA